GCUUCCGGCUGGCUUUCUUCUUCACUUGGUUCUGCGUAUCUCGGACGAUUGCCACCGAUAUCCCGAGUUACUAUUUGUUAUAUUUGAACAUAGACGGAAGGAAGCGAAUCGAUUGCACGUGGAGACAAUGGCGGCUGCAAUGAGAGGUCUGAUGAGACUCAACGUUAAUCUGGCCAGCAAUACCUUGCUGAGAAAUAAUCUAUUGAAUUCCUGCAGAUUCUUAUACACAGAGCAGAGUCUUGGUAUGCAGGGCUAUGAGAAUUCAAGAUUAAAUUUCCGCAAUCAAUUUUUAAACGUGGAGAAUACAUUCCGUACGAAGAUGCAGGAAGUAUGCGACACAGAAUCCAGCAUGAUCUUCACAGAGGACUUGAAGUCCAUGUUGCAUCUGGCUCAGAAGAAGCCGGAGGAUAUCGAGCUGCUCGUCAAGAUGCUAACGAAAUUCAACGUGCAGAACAAGGAUUUGAGAUUCGGCACCUUUAUCUUCGGCCCUGUUGUGAUGCGCACUUUCUAUUACUUGGACGAACCGGAUCUUGCGCUCACCGCCUUCAAAGAUCCCCAGUUCGGAAACUUCUUUGAGCAAUUGAUCAGUUAUCAGAUCCUCCUGUGCUUGUUGUACAAACACGAAAAAUACAUAGAAAUGAGAGAGGUUUAUGACUUGAUUAAGAACAAAUACUUAGACGGUGCUUUGUAUCCUAGGAAUGCACUGAUAUUGGUCAUGGCUGCCUGUUACAAAGAGGACACGCCAGAGACACUGGAGUAUGCCCUGAAUAUUUGGAGGGACUUGAAUAAAAGAGGAGAAUUCAUCAUGCGCAGAGCCGCGACAUUCUUGACGGCUCUAGCGAUUAAUCAAAAUAUGCCUCAUAUAGCGGUCGAAAUUGUCACGGCGGUGAGAGAAUCGCGAUACAUCGACAUCAGAUGUCUGAAGGUUACUGCAUACACAGAGCUGAAGAGGUUCACCGAAAUAGUGCCCAUCUUCAGAUCUUCGUUAGAGUACGAUAGGCCGAAUAGCCCAAAAGAAUGUUACUUCAGCGAUGUGAUAGAGAAGCUGGAAAGUGCCAUGGCACAGGAGAACAUCGUGGAAGACUUCGAAUUGUACAAAUUAAUCACUUUGUUGAAGAACAAUAACCGUAUUUUGCCUGAGACUUUGGAGCGACACCUCUGUGCGGAGAUAAGACAAGAUGCGCAGAAACGCAAACAGAGAAAUCAGGAGAUGCAAGGCAACUUUUUUCCCCAGCGACGACAGUUGUCGGUUACGCGCAGCAAUAGACCGGUGCUGCGGGAACUUUUGUAGGAUGUGUGUGCCGCACACGGAAGAACUUGUAGAUCGUGUUUCAUAUAUCCCAUGAUAAAUAGUUCGUCACGCAUAUGUAAGUUGGGUCAAGCUCCAAAGUGAAACUUGAUGGAUAAAUAAAUAAAUAUGUAAGUUUAUCGACUCACGAUCAA